UUGAACUGGAGUACAAAGAGCAGCUGAACAGGGAUGCGGAAUCCACGGUACAGGGAGCUGCGCUACAAACACAGGUUACACAGUGAAAUGAUCCAGUUUCAUUUCUGUACCGCAGAGAACUGCCAUAUGCUGAAUGAAAAACAAGAGCUCUUAUGCAACAGGACGGAACGGGAGGAUCUUUGCUGCAUGAUUUACUAUGGAUAAAUAUAAACCUCGACUGUCUGAAAUGUUAUAAAGGAUAUACAGUAUGCUGUACACGAACACGCCGAUUGAUCUCCCGGAGUUUUACUUACUGACAACACCGACGCAUCAUCAUUUUAUUUUCAAUCGCAAAACCAUUCUUCAUUUGGAAGACGUUCUGUGUUAAAUCCGCUCUUGCGGAAGGAAAAUGAAGCUGGUGGAGAUUUAAUAGAUUUCAGCGUUGUAUAAAAUGUAGGAAACGUUCUGCAGUGAAAGGUGCCAGCUCAGGUGUGAAGCAGCAAGCAAGGGGAGCGAUGACGAGAAGGGCAAGACCACCGCGAGCAAAGGCGACACUGUUCAUUGACACGUCGUUUUAUUCUAAAGCAAAUAAACCUUUAUGAUCAUGAACGGUGAGCCACAUCCAAAGCGCCGUCGCUGCAGUUUGAUCGCACUUCAGUAUUGGUGAUUUUGUUUCACCGGCCUCUCAACUGAAAACAGGAUUGAUAGUUUUAUGUUUGCAGUCCAGUUAGGACAUCUUGCGCUUGAAAGGAUUCACGAGUCAAUUAUUGAAAUGAUGGCAUUGAGCAGCUUCACCGCCCAGUCCACGAGUACCAGAUAUUGCAUGCAAAGGGAAUUCAUUCUCACAAUUUGAAUUCAUUUUAUUUUAAAGCUGUACUAUUUGCAUUUUGAGCUUUUUUUAAAUGAUCUAUAUCACGGUAUGAUACAAUAGGUUUAACUGGAAGAACGUUACAGUGUAACUGAUUUAAUUUAGACUUUAACAUUUUGGGAAAAAAAUGCUUAAUGAUCAGAUAUUUUCCCUUGAGCUUAAAAUUAUAUUUUAAAAAUACGUAUUUAUCCCCCAGAAACUUUUAACAGUAAAAUGUUUUUUAAAUGUUUUAUUUCUAUUUUAAUUGCUCUGGUAUGUGCUCCUGAGUACUGAACUAUAAAGACUUCCAUGGUUAAACAGUUUAAAGUAAAGACGCAAACUUUAAAUAUUUGUCUGGAAGAUUACUGAACUCCUUAAAGAAAUUGUUAUAGAAAGUUGAUCAUUAUUAUUUAUUAUUUUGUAAUAUUUUCAACACAAAGACUAAGUGGAUAGUGGCUCUGGAUCACUAACACCAUGCUGAAGGAAUGGAUUCCCACUGCUGUGUUUUGGCUCAAUAAUUAAAUAACCAAUUGCAUAUCAAUCUCCUCGCCAUUUCAAGCUGGGUGUGUAUCUCAGAUAUGUCCCGAUCCAACAGCGUGAGCCCUCCGGGGUUCACUGCCCCUGGACCUCAGGGUGGAACUGAACAUCGCUCUGCUUGGAGCGACUCCCAGUCCAGAGCCAAUGGGUGUCCUUACUCUACUAAAUCAGCUGCCAAGAAAACCAGGUCCAGCAACAGGUGGAGAGGAGAAGAGGAUUUGGAGCGGCACCCAGGAAGGACCACAAGCACUGUGAGCAGAGUCAGCUUCAGGUCCAAGUCUGCAUGGCAAGACAAUGGAGAGGAGGGCCAUAACAACAACAGAGCAGGCCCAAAGCAGGAUGGGGAGCUGAGAGCCAGGUCUGUGGAGCUCGGGCUACAGGCUCAGGACAUGAAGUUCUCCAUGGCUCAGUGUUGCAGCAGCGUGUUGCAGAUCUUCAGAUCCAAGAAGUUUCCGUCGGUCAAGCUGGAGAGGCUCUAUCAGCGUUACUUCUUCAGGCUCAACCAGAGCAGCCUGACCAUGCUCAUGAGCGUCUUGGUGUUGCUGUGCCUGGUGAUGCUGGGCUUGCACUGUGCAGGGGGGGGUUACAAGCUGCCCUAUGUGGUCGUCUUCACCAUCGCCAUUGCGCUCAUCAUUGUGCUCAUGAUCAUAUGUAACAGGAAUGGGUUCCACCAGGACCACAUGUGGAUCAUCUGUUACCUGGUCGUCUUGGUUGUCAUUGUGGUUCAGAUCAUUGCGGUUUUGCUGGUGGAGCCCAGGAGUGCCUCAGAGGGGAUAUGGUGGACUGUCUUCUUCAUUUACAUCAUCUACACGCUGCUCCCGAUCAGAAUGAGGGACGCCGUCGUAAGUGGAGUCAUUCUAUCAGCUGUGCACCUGGCCAUCUCUUGGAAGUUAAACCAAGUGGACAGCUAUCUAUGGAAACAGCUGGUCUCCAAUGUGCUGAUCUUCUCCUGCACAAACAUUGUGGGAGUGUGCACCCACUACCCAGCGGAGGGCUCCCAGCGGCAAGCCUUCCAGGAGACCAGGGAGUGCAUCCAAGCAAGACUGCAUUCACAGAGAGAGAACCAGCAACAGGAGCGCCUCCUGCUCUCUGUUCUGCCCCGCCAUGUUGCCAUGGAGAUGAAAGCUGACAUCAAUGCCAAACAGGAGGAUAUGAUGUUUCAUAAGAUUUACAUCCAGAAGCAUGACAACGUGAGCAUCCUCUUUGCUGACAUCGAAGGCUUCACCAGCCUGGCUUCACAAUGCACAGCGCAGGAGCUGGUCAUGACUCUCAAUGAGCUGUUUGCGAGGUUCGACAAGCUGGCAGCGGAGAACCACUGUUUACGUAUCAAAAUCCUGGGCGACUGUUAUUACUGUGUGUCUGGACUGCCAGAGGCCCGGGCUGACCAUGCGCACUGCUGUGUGGAGAUGGGAGUGGACAUGAUUGAAGCUAUCUCGCUGGUGCGGGAGGUGACGGGCGUGAAUGUGAACAUGCGCGUUGGCAUUCACAGCGGCCGUGUGCACUGCGGGGUGCUGGGCCUGCGCAAGUGGCAGUUUGAUGUCUGGUCCAACGAUGUCACCCUGGCCAACCAGAUGGAAGCAGGAGGCAAAGCUGGCCGCAUCCACAUAACAAAAGCCACCCUCAACUACCUGACUGGGGAUUAUGAUGUGGAGCCCGGGUUUGGAGGCGAGCGGAAUGCUUAUCUAAAGAAAAGCAACAUAGAAACCUACCUCAUUGUGGGCUGCACUGAGAAGCGGAAAGAAGAGAAAACGACGAUAACCAAGAUGAACAGGCAGCGCACCAACUCCAUUGGACACAAUGCUUCCCACUGGUGCUCGGACCGGCCAUUCUACAACCAUCUCGCCACCAACCAGGUCUCCAAGGAGAUGAAAAGGAUGGGGUUUGAAGAUCCCAAGGACAAGCAUUUCAUUUUCAGAAACACACAGGAAAGCAUGAACCCUGAGGACGAGGUGGACGAGUUCCUCGGCCGUGCCAUCGAUGCCAGAAGCAUUGAUCGCUUGCGCUCGGAGCACGUCAAGAAGUUUCUCCUGACGUUCAGGGAGCCAGACCUGGAGAAAAAGUAUUCCAAGCAGGUGGAUGACAGAUUUGGAGCGUAUGUGGCCUGUGCUUCUCUCGUCUUCCUUUUCAUCUGCUUCAUACAGAUUGUUAUUGUACCCCGCUCAUCGCUGAUGAUUGGUUACUAUGUGGCCUGUUUCCUUAUCCUUACAGCAGUGAUGUUUGUGUCUGCGAUCUACUCCUGUUUCAGGCUCUUCCCAGCUCCUCUGCAGACUCUCUCCAAGAAGAUUGUUCAGUCCAGGACCAACAGCACGCUGGUCGGGGUCUUCACCAUUCUUCUCGUCUUUCUCUCUGCAUUCGUCAACAUGUUCACAUGCAGCACCAAGGAUAUUCGUACCUGCGUGGCCAAGGAGUUGAACAUGACCCGCAGCAGUGUGAACGCCUGCCAUGUGAGCUCUUCACACUUCAACUACACACUGGACACCAUGGAAGGGUACUGCGGGAGCACCGAGCCCAGCUGCAACUUCCCUGAGUAUUUCUCGUCCGGUGUUUUGCUCAGCCUCCUCGCCUGCUCCGUGUUCCUGCAGAUCAGCAGUAUUGGCAAGCUCUUCCUCAUGCUGUUCAUGGAGCUCCUCUACGUGCUCAUUGUAGAGCUGCCGGAAGUGACCCUCUUUGACAACGCAGACUUGCUGGUCACAGCCAAUGCAAUUGGCCAGUCCAAUGGAACAUGUUCGAGGAACGUGUCCAGGGUAGCGCUGAAGAUCAUGACCCCCAUCGUAAUCACAGUGUUUGUGCUUGCGCUGUAUCUGCACGCCCAGCAGGUGGAGUCCACGGCACGGCUCGACUUUCUCUGGAAACUUCAGGCUACAGAGGAGAAGGAGGAGAUGGAGGAGCUGCAGGCCUACAACAGGAGGCUGCUGCACAACAUCCUGCCCAAGGACGUGGCCGCCCACUUCCUGGCCCGCGAGCGGUGCAACGAUGAGCUGUACUACCAGUCCUGCGAGUGCGUGGCUGUCAUGUUCGCCUCCAUCAGCAACUUCUCUGAGUUCUACGUGGAGCUAGAGGCCAACAACGAGGGCGUGGAGUGCCUGCGGCUGCUGAACGAGAUCAUUGCUGACUUUGAUGAGAUAAUUAGUGAGGACCAGUUCCGGCAGCUGGAGAAGAUUAAGACAAUCGGCAGCACGUACAUGGCUGCCUCCGGCCUGAACGACUCCACCUACGACAAGCCGGGGAAGACGCACAUCAAAGCGCUGGCUGACUACGCCAUGAGGUUAAUGGACCAGAUGAAGUACAUUAAUGAGCACUCCUUCAACAACUUCCAGAUGAAGAUAGGUCUCAAUAUCGGCCCGGUCGUGGCUGGGGUCAUUGGUGCAAGGAAGCCUCAGUAUGACAUCUGGGGGAACACAGUGAAUGUAGCCAGUCGCAUGGACAGCACAGGAGUGCCUGAAAGGAUACAGGUGACCACAGACAUGUACCAGGUUCUGAAUGGCUACAACUAUAUACUAGAGUGUCGAGGAGUAGUAAAGGUCAAAGGGAAAGGCGAAAUGAUGACCUACUUCCUGAACGCAGGACCACCCAGCAGUUAGCAGAACACCUUUUAUUAUUUUUUAUUAUUUUUUAAUAUGUUAUUUUGAUAUUGUUGAAACCGCUGGGUUGUGGGUCCCAGUAGAAACCUGUCUAAGCAAUGAAGCACAAGACAAUACAGAUCUAAAAUGACCUGCUGAACAGAACGCCAUGGGCUCUCCCAGCACUGGGAGACACUGGGAGCCAGGCAUGGCGGUAAAGAAAAGGGCCAUCUCCUUUUUGUUGUUGUCAGUGGAGAGGCAGGCCAAGCGAAAGUGACCAAAGAUUUAUUGACUAACUUGUUUUUCAAUGGACCAUGCUGCUGCUACUGCUACUGCUGCUGCUAGGAAGAGGGGCACAAAUAAGGCAAUCAAAGCACCUGCUUUCACAGCACAACCUUUCAAGAUGUGAAGGAAGUGAAUCAGUAUUUAAAGGUUUUCAAAGCAAAUCAUAAAGUCCUCUGCAGGCUCUGGUAAUACUGCACACAGUCAUUACAAGAUACAGACACACUGGGAUCUGCAGGCUCUGGUAAUACUGCACACUGGGAUCUGCAGGCUCUGGUAAUACUGCACACUGCAGGCGUUACAAGAUAGACACGCUGGGAUCUGCAGGCUCUGGUAAUACUGCACACUGCAGGCGUUACAAGAUACAGACACACUGGGAUCUGCAGGCUCUGGUAAUACUGCACACUGCAGGCGUUACAAGAUACAGACACGCUGGGAUCUGCAGGCUCUGGUAAUACUGCACACUACAGGCGUUACAAGAUACAGACACGCUGGGAUCUGCAGGCUCUGGUAAUACUGCACACUGCAGGCGUUACAAGAUACAGACACACUGGGAUCUGCAGGCUCUGGUAAUACUGCACACUGCAGGCGUUACAAGAUACAGACACACUGGGAUCUGCAGGCUCUGGUAAUACUGCACACUGCAGGCGUUACAAGAUACAGACACGCUGGGAUCUGCAGGCUCUGGUAAUACUGCACACUGGGAUCUGCAGGCUCUGGUAAUACUACACACUGCAGGCGUUACAAGGUGGGCAUGCUGCAAGGGUUUGUGCUGCCUCGUAGGACCCAGGCUACACAACACAAAGCUGCAUGGAGAUUACAAACCGACCACUACAACAGGAUGAUUGGUUUCUUUGUUUGUCGUGAGGCUGCGCACCCCGGAGCAACUGUCGCUAAUGCAAACCUAUGACAAGGAACUUCGUAUUUGGGGACUCUAAACACAAUGAAACACAGUACUGCAAAUCUAUUCUCUGAGUAUUUGAGUUUACGUUUUUCUUGAUGUGUAAAAUGCAGACACUUUAAAUUAAAAAAAAAAAAAAGGCGCCAAAAACUUUUUGUAUUUUUUGUCAUUUUGUAUUAUGACUCAAGACAAAUCUAGCAGAGAUUCUAUAUUUUGUAAAGUAUUAUAUUAAAAGAGUGUGCAGUGUAAACCACUGUGUAUUAGGGAGUAUAUAGAUGACAUAGAUGCAAUCUUGCACCUUUAGUUUUCCUCUUCAUCACUUUUUAGGUCCAUAAUAUGACAUUUUUUUUGGUUUGGUUCUGUUUUUUGAAAUGUGUUUGAAUGGCUUCUCUUUAGUCCACCUUCUUGCUGUUUGUAGAUAUAUUUCCCCACACUCCCCAAAGCUGCUGUACUCAAGACACUGGUGCUGGUGGCAGCAGUCCUCACAAAAUGCUUGGUAGAGCAGUUUGAAAUAAGAAGGGUAUGUCUGUGGCCAGUGAUGUACCUCAGUAACAUUGAGUUAAUUUGUUUUUAGCUUUUUGUUUCUUUAUACUGAAAGUACUUUACUGAGGGCAAUCUUCAUGAAGCUUAGUGUGUGUUUUAGUUGAAUUAAGUUAAG